CUCAAUUUCCGCAUCCCCCGAUUCCCUCCCCGGCUUUACCGCGAGCUUCAGUCCAUCAACCUCUAUCCUUGAAUUUACGACGAACAUCCCAGCUCUCCGCCAUGGAGUCCAAGAUCCCCGAUUUCCUGGCCGAGCAGCAAGCACAAGGCAGCCCGGAGACGCAACCGUACUUCCUCACCUUUGAAGACCUCUGGGAGCGCAAGCUAUGGCACCAGCUUACUGACUCAUUGGUCGAGUUCUUCCGCAUGCCAGAGAGUGCCCCUCAGCGGUUAGCCAUCUUUAAGACCUUCGUGCUCAGCUUCGCCGACCGGAUCAACCAGCUCAAGUUUGUGUCCCUGGGAUUGAUGGCAGCGACAGAAUGCGCAGAUGACCAAGAACGACUGGGUUUCCUCACAUCCCUCGCCAGCAAGGUGGACACAGCCGAUACACAGGAUGCAUACGUUUAUGCGCUCGCCGAUGUGGCCAAUGUCAAGUUGUCAUUGAAGGACCUGGAAGGAGCACAGAAGGACCUGGCAACCUGCCAGCGGGUGCUGGACACUUUCGACUCGGUUGAGACCGUCGUGCACGCCUCAUUCUACAAAGUGAACGCGGACUACUACAAUGCCAAGCAAGAAUUCGCCUCCUUCUACAAAAACGCCCUUCUCUACCUUGCCUGCAUAGACAUGGAAGAACUCCCCGAGCCAGAGCGCGCAUCACGCGCCUACCACCUCAGUGUGGCAGCUCUGGUCUCCGACACGAUCUACAACUUCGGCGAGCUACUCCUGCACCCAAUCCUGGACUCGCUGACCGAGACCCCUCACAACUGGCUCCGCGAGCUCCUCUUCGCCUUCAACCGAGGCGACCUGACAGCCUACGACGUGCUAGCUGGCAACAUCAGCAAGAACAAGCUGCUGGAAUCGCACCGCGUAUUCCUGUACCAAAAAAUCUCUCUGUCCGCACUGACGGAGAUGGUCUUCCGUCGUCCGCCGCACGACCGCUCGCUCUCCUUCCAGGCUAUUGCGUCCGAGACGAAGGUUCAGCCCGAUGAGAUUGAGCACCUGGUCAUGAAGGCUCUGUCACUUGGUUUGCUGCGUGGAUCGAUUGAUCAGGUUGCUGGUGUUGCGCAGAUCCAUUGGGUCCAGCCUAAAGUUUUGGAUAUGAAGCAGAUUGAUGGUAUGCGAAACCGUCUUAAGGACUGGGACGCUGGUGUUAAUCAGCUUGGUCACUGGAUUGAGGGUGUUGGAAAGGAUGUCUGGGCUGCAUAGACUUUUUGAUUUAUGCGGAUCAUUACUAUUAUAAUGAAUACAAUGGUGUGGUCUAUGGAGUCUUAUCCUGUACUUGACGAUUGUUAGAACAAUUGGAUGCAACCAUACCAAAACAGCAUCGAAUGACCGAGUACAUUUGGCUAUAGUAUCACUGACUAUACUAGGUUUCCAGGGUUGGUACACGUAGUCAAUUGAAAGAAG